CAAAUGUCAAUCCUGUCAAAUUCUAAUAGUUUGAGAUUUCUAAAUUACCCUGCUUCUAGUAAAUGACCCCUUCCUAGAAUGUUUUUUUUUAGAUAUUUCUACGCCUUUUAAGCUUUUAAGUUUUGUGUUUUUACAACUGUGCUCCUUUUAUUGAAAACCCUGCCACUUUUGAGCUUCUAUGUCAGUUGGCUACAUUUUUAUCAGUUGCAACAUUGUGAAUUCAGGGUAAGCCAAAUAGGAUGAAGAGGACAGAAUCAAAAAAGUCACAUUCAUGGUGGUGGGACAGCCACAUUAGUCCCAAAAACUCGAAGUGGCUUCAAGAAAAUCUAGAAGAGAUGGAUCAGAGAGUAAAACAGAUGUUGAAACUUGUUGAAGAGGAUGCGGAUACAUUUUCUAAGAAGGCUGAGAUGUAUUAUCAGAAAAGGCCAGAAUUGAUUAAGCUCGUUGAGGAAUUCUACCGAAUGUACCGGUCGCUAGCUGAGCGUUAUGAUAAUGUGACUGGUGAACUGCGGAAGAACAUUCCCUCUGAUCUCCAAUCCCAGGGCUCAGGCAUAUCUGAUACUGGUUCUGAACCUCCCUCCACAUGGACCACUCCUGAUCAGGGAUUGAGUCGUCGUAGAUCUGGUCCUCGACCUGCUGGUUUUGAAUUCUUCCUUGGAACUGGUGGAAGUAGCUCAGAUUUGAACACCAAAGAAGAUGAAUCGUCUACGUUGGACUCGGAAUCAGAAUCAGAUGACUCCUCUGUCAACAAUUACUCAGGCAUGCCAGGGAAUGGUGAUGACCAAGGCAUACGGCAGAAGAUUAUUGAAAUGGGAGUUGAGCUUCAGGAUGCGAAGGAAAAGCUACGAAUGCAACAGAAAAAUAACUCAGAUGGCAUUUCGAGGGGAAUUGAAAGUGGGAAUUCUGAAGUUCUACUACUAAGAAUUGCAGGAUACGAGGAAGAACUGAGAGUUGCAGAGGAAAAGAUUCGCCUUUCAGAAGAAGAGAUUGCUAGGUUGAAGAUUGAGCUCCACAAGUGUGAAACCUUGGAAUCCACCAACAAUGUACAGGUUGAGCGUGAAUCAAUGCAUAAAGAUGAAAAAAAUUUGGGAGGUGGUUUGGAAGAGGAGAAAAAACAGGUUACACAGCUUCAAGGAAGAAUUGGUGGGCUGGAAGCAGAAGUUUCAGACUCAGAACACAAUAUUCAAACACUCGAGGAGGAGCUAAAAAUAACCAAAGCAGCACUGAACGGCACAGAAAAAGAAGUUGCAAGUUUGAGACAUGAACUUGGUUCAGCUCAGAGAGAUAUUGCAACAUGGAAAACCAAGGUAGAUAGGAAGGAAAAAGAGGUUUCAAAGAUGCAGGAUAGAAUUGAGAGGUAUAAAGCCAAUUUGUCGGGUCGUGAUCAAGAGAUCAGGGCCUUAAGAGAGACGAUUUCCAAUGCCAACCAGAGCUUAUCUGAAGAAAACUCGCACCUUCAGGCUGAAGUAACUAGGCAGUUGAAGGAACGAGCCUAUUUGGAGGACAAUCUUAAAGAAUGGGAUCUGCGUUGCCAAUCUUUGGAGGAGGAAGUCAGACGAGUAAAGGCUGGAAAAUCAGAGAUGGAAGCUCUGCUUGGAGCUGAGAUUGAGCAGUUGGAGGUAGGCAUUGCUGAGAGAGGUAGUCGGAUAGAAGAGUUGAACAAAAGCCUUGAUGCGUUAAAAUUGAAAUAUGACAUGCUGAUUGCAGAGAGAGAUAAUCUGAAUGCAGAGAGUAGUUCUAAGGACGAUCGGAUUGAUCAAAUGGGCAAGCAUUUGCAUCAAUUACACAUGGAACAUGUUGAACUGACUGCAGCAGCUGAAAGGACACGUAAACAGGUUGAGGAACUGAGAUCAAGAGGUAGAGAACUGGAGGAGGAGAAUGAGAGGCAAAGAGAAGUGAUUUUGGAAGGAGCAGAGGAGAAACGGGAGGCAAUAAGGCAGCUUUGUUUCUCGCUUGAGCAUUACAGGAAUGGGUAUCAACAGCUUCGACGGGCAUUUAUGGGGCACAAGCGACUUCCAGUUAUGGCAUCCUAA